CGUGCAGUACCCUGCAGUUAUGGUAGCUACUUUAAUCUUCCUGAUCUGUUUUUCUGUACUCUCUUAUGGUCAUAAACCUAUAUAAGGUCCAAAGUUUGUUUGGGAUCCUUCAGUGUGACGUCAUGAGGAGUCAAUUGGCCUGGAGUCAACCGGUCUUUAUCCUGUUGUGGGACUGUCAUGAAGAAAAUACAGUACAUGCUACUUAUUUCUGCCUUGGACUGAUAAAAUCAAGUCUUAUGUUAUGAUGAAUAAGCUCACUUGGAUUUUGAAAUGGCCUGGAAAUAUGCAGUGUGACCCGACCGAGGCUUUGCGGAGCUGGAAACAGGCCAGUCUGUCCAUCUGGGGAUGGGGGGGUCUCGGAGUCGUCCUCUUCCUCAUCACAUUUGGACCCUUUGCUAUCUUUUAUCUGGCUUUCUACAUCCUCUGUUUCAUUGGCGGGGGUUUUGUAGUGCUGCUUUUAUUUGGAAAGAUAAACUCAGAGAAACACCUGGAAAGGUGUGAACACUCCUACCUGCCACCAACACAGAUGGCCAUACCGAAGGUUUCGGAGGAGAUGAAGUCCGAGUCCAAGCCCAUAAAGAUCGACCGUCGUCUGACAGGAUCCAGUAUCAUCGAUGAUCCACUGCAGCAGGUCAUCCAGUUCGCCCUGAGGGACUAUAUCCAGUAUUGGUAUUACACUCUGAGUGAUGAUGAAACGUUCCUCUUGGAGAUCCGUCAGACGGUCCAGAACGCCCUCGUCGAGUUCUCCACCAGGUCUAAAGAGGUGGACUGGCAGCCGUACUUCACCACCAGACUGGUGGAUGACUUUGCCACUCAUCUGCGUGUCUUCAGGAAAGCUCAGGAGAAGCUGAACGAGAGAGACGAUCCAAAACAACGUGACGCUCCGGACGAGUUGCUGGACUCGUUUUUUGAGGCGGAGGUGGAAAUGGAGAGGAAGAUUUGCAGAGAUGUGGUGUGCACGUCACGCAAGGAUGAAGAAGGUUACCUGCGGGAUCUCUGUGAAGUGCUGCUGUAUCUGUUACUACCUCCUGGAGAUUUCCACAACAAGAAUAUGAGAUACUUCCUCAGGGAAGUUUUGGCCAGAGGAGUACUGCUGCCCUUAAUUAACCAGCUGAGUGACCCUGAUUACAUCAACCAGUUCAUCAUCUGGAUGAUUCGUGACUCCAGCUGUAACUACGAGGCCUUCUUGAACAUCUUAAAGCUGACAGACAAAGCGGCCGAGCUGGAGGCCGUCAAAGACAAAGUCCUGGAGGAGCUUCAGUACCUGCGAUCUCUGGACACGGGAGGAGACGAUAUCAACUUCAUAAAGAAUCAAAUCAAUAGUUUGCUCUUUGUGAAGAAGGUCUGUGAAACACGGAUACAACGGCUGCAAUCAGGGAAGGAAGUUGACACAUUGAAACUGGCAGCUAAUUUUGGGAAGCUGUGUGUGAUUCCGUUGGAGCAUAUAUUAGUGCACAACAUCGCUCUGCAGUUCUUCAUGGACUACAUGCAGCCCAUGGGCGGUCAGGCGAUCCUGUUCUUCUGGCUGACGGUGGAGGGCUAUCGGGUCACGGCCCAGCAGCAGCUGGAGGUCUUACAGAGCAGCCAGAGAGACGGGAAGAAGCAGAGCAGUCAGACCACCAAAGGCCUGCUGAGAGCCGCCGCGCUCGGCGUCUACGACCAGUACCUGUCCGACAAGGCCUCUCCGAGGGUGGAGGUGGACGAAGCGUCUGUAACCAGACUGGCUCAGAAACUCAACAAAGAGGAUCCCACACCCGAGAUAUUUGAUGAAAUCCAGAAGAAGGUGUAUGAUAUGAUGCUGCGGGACGAGAGGUUUUACCCGUCGUUUAAGCAGCACCCGCUGUACGUGCGGAUGCUGGCCGAGCUGGACAUGCUGAAAGAGCCCAGUUACAUGGGGUCAGACCACGGGGACGGAGAGUCGUUCAACGGGUCCCCAACAGGAAGCAUUAAUUUAUCAUUAGAUGAUCUCAGCAGCGGGAGCGUGGAUGAGUCUGCUCAGCUUCAUGCCUUUAUCUCUGAUACGGCUGAUGCUUUUCUAAACCUACUUCCUGUGGCAGGCGUGUGUAACGAUCACGGGAAGACGUACGCUCUCUACACCCUCACCGUCAUACGCAAGAACUCGGACGGCAGCGAGGACAUCUGGAAGACGUACCGCCGCUACAGCGAUUUCCACGACUUCCACAUGCGCAUCACAGAGCAGUUUGAGAGCCUUGCUCCGAUUCUCAAGCUUCCUGGAAAAAAGACCUUUAACAACAUGGACCGGGAGUUUCUGGAGAAGAGGAAGAAGGACCUGAACGCUUAUUUGCAGCUGCUGCUGAACCCUGAGAUGGUGAAGGCCUGUCCCAUGCUGAUCCCCUACAUCUAUGACUUCCUGGAGAACAAAGCCUACAGCAAGGGCAAAGGAGACUUCGCACGCAAGAUGGACACGUUUGUGAAUCCUCUCCGGAGCUCCAUGAGGAACGUGUCCAAUGCCGUGAAGUCACUGCCGGACAGCCUGGCCGAGGGAGUGUCCAAAGUCUCGGCGGACAUGGGCCGCAUGUCCGAGAAACUUGGCCAGGAUAUUAAACAGUCCAUAUUUAAGGUUCCUCCUUUAAUCGCAAAGUCUGACAUCGAUCCCGAACACUGCCGCGUCUCGGCCCAGCUGGACGACAAUGUGGAUGAUAAUAUCCCACUGAGGGUGAUGUUGCUGCUGAUGGAUGAGGUGUUCGAUCUGAAGGAGAGAAAUCAGUGGCUGCGCAGAAACAUCAAGAACCUCCUGCAGCAGCUGAUCAAAGCCACGUAUGGAGACACCAUUAACAGGAAAAUAGUGGAUCACGUCGACUACAUGACCUCUCCUGAGCAAGUGUCUGAUUAUGUGAAGAGGUUCAGAGACUCUUACUGGCCAAACGGGAUCCUCGCCGAGACGCCGCCCCGCAGAGACAAAAGCUUACGCAUGAGGACACGAGUCGCCGCUAAGACCACACUCCUAGGCAUCAUGCCAGAUGAGUUGAAGCACAUCAUCGGGGCAGAAACCACACGCAAGGGCAUCCUGCGCAUCUUUGACAUGUUCCAGCACCAGCCGCUGAACCGCCGGCUGGCCUGCGUCUUUCUGGAGGGCUUCCUGGAGACCUUGUUUCCUCAGUACAGGUUCCCCGAGCUGUUCGUGAAGCUCCACUCGCGCUCGCCACGCGUGCUCAGAUAUUCACAGAAAUUACGCAGCUUGCACAAGAGGUGACAGACGGACGCUUCUCCCGCCGACGCAGAGGGGGAGGAGCCAGCGACCGCCCGCCACGACCGAGUCGCCCCGACGGUGACAUCAUCCCGGCGGGAAACGCUGGAACACGCUCCUCCCUCUUAGUGCCUCGUGGCCGUCCUGGAUUCAAGCACUGUGUUGACACGGCCGUAGCAGAGAGGAUUCAUCUCAUCAUCGUGAACCACUACGAAAGACUGCAGCGCCCCGAGACAUCGCUCUUUCUGUCUGACGCGCAUUUCUGAUCUGAUGUUCUGAAUGACACUGUGUAGAUAUAUAUAUAUACGAUUUGUUUGGUAUAUUUUGGGUUUGUUUUGUAUUUGGCAUCGGUCGCCUCAUCGUCAAUAUUGUAUGGUGAGGGAAAUCGGACCGAAGCAACCUAUGCACCUUAACACUCAUUACAAGCAGAACCAUAUGAGGAGCGUCGGCAGAGAUGUUUGAUCAUCGUUCUGUGGCACUGAAACUGAAAUAGGCGUAACGUUAUCCUGCCAACCGGUCGGUUGCAUGAAGUGGGUGGAGUUUAAAACAGACCACGCCCCUCUGCCUUUUGCUUAAUUGUAAUACUUAAGCUAAUCUAAGGAAUAGUUAAUGCAAAAAUUAACAUUUGCUGAAGAUGUGUUCACUCUCAGGUCAUCCGAGAUGAGAUGGUUUCUUCUUAAGGCUUAAGGCAUCACUUGCUCAGCAAUGGAUCCGAAUGGGUGCCGUCAGAAUGAGAGUCCAAACAGCUGAUUAAAAACAUCACAAUAAUGCACAGCACUCCAGUCCAUCCUAGUUUUUUCUUGAGUUUUUAACUUGAAAUAUUAGUCCAUAAUCCAUAAUAACGCUUCCUCCACUGAAAAGUAUUAGUGUUUUAGUCAGAAGCAAUGGUUUGAAGUUAAAAACGCCUUGAUGAUAGAUUUGUUAACAUGCAGCUUUUCUCUUCUUAAGACAUUAACUGAUGGACUGGAUUACUUGUGGAUUAUUGUGAUGUUUUUAUCAGCUGUUUGGACUCUCAAUCUGACGGCACCCAUUCACUGCAGAGCAUCCAUUGAUGAGACACUGGUGCAAUGCUACAUUUCUCCAAACCUGAUGAAGAAACAAACUCAUAGACGGCCUGAGGAUGAGUGCAUUUUUGGUUGAACUAUUCCUUUUAUUGAUUAUUAUCUAAAGCCCUCAAACAUAUCAAAGCGGACAGAGAUGGGGGAAUUCAAGCGUGUGUUUGCAUGACCGUCUCGGACGGCUACGUGCAGCUCGUCACAUACGGAGAUGAGCUAUAACGAAUGUGCGUGUCAAUGUUUGUGUGCGUCCUGUUUUUAUAACUCAAUCCAGUGGAGGGUUUGUGUUCUUUUUCUUUUUUUUUUUAAGUACUUUAUUUUAGAAUAGCAAGUGUAGCACUAAACUGUGACUGUCUGAUGCCGAAGACUGUUUCAGCGAGAGGUAUAGAUUCAGCCUUAAACACAAGACUAAGAGACGUAGCUUUCACACGGACGUGUCCUCGUACGCACACACUCUAAGGAGACAUCGACUGUCCCAAUCCCAUUUUCAGUUAGACAAAAAUCUCAUUUGUUUUUGUGCAAUAUGUUUCUUUAAUGCAUGUUAUAUGAUAAUCGUACAUGGGAUAGUUUUCAAGUAUAUUCGAGAGAGGAAUUUCAGAAGCCAAUCCAAAACCACCGAAACAUUCCGUGGCUUAUUUUAAAGGACUUGUUUUAUAAGUCUGGCUUUUUAAUGCUCGUGUUGGGGAUGUUUGUUGUCGUUGUUGUUGUUUUUAAUGUUUCGUAACUCCUGCCGUUUUCUUGGAUGGAUGGGUUUGGGUGCGUUCUGCUUUUAGGAAACGAGUGAAAGCACAUUAUAGGUGAACGGAUGAUCAAAACAUGCAAAGACACGAAAGAUGCUGCCGAGGUCAGAGGUCAUCUGGCGUUUGGCCACAUAGAUCUUAAACACUGUUAAACACUCUCCACUCUCCACACUUUACAAGAACAUGCACGGGUCAUAUUUCACUCCAAAGUUGAUUUUGUUUUGUUUUGCAUUGUGACAUGCUUUUUUUUUUAAGUGAUUAGGAACAUUUUUAAUGAAUACUGUAAUAUAAAAAAAAAUCUUAAAUAUAUAUUACAAUUUAAAUACAUUUAUAUAUUAAAAAUAAAUCAAAAAAAUCAUUUUAGAAAUGAACAAUAAUAAAUAAUGUAUUUUAUGAUUAUAUUUUUAUGUAUAUUAUGCAUAAGAAAUUAUGUUAUUUAAAUUAUUACAAAUAAUUAAAUAAUUAUGAUGUAAACUGAAAUACAAAAAAAUGAUGUUUGUUAUGUAAUAAUGAGGUUCUUUAAUUUUAGUAACGAGAAUCGGGUAGAAAAAUCAUGGGAAAGAAAGUGUUUUCAUUUCAUUGUCUAUGCAAACGUAUCAUUUAUUUUAAUUUUGGAGCAAAAUAUGACCUGUUAAUGUUCUUUGGUCUGAGGUUUAAUGAGAUUGAUUCUUGAGACCUGGUUCAUAUCAGCCGAAACUGAUCCGAAUAGAUGAGAACGUUUAAUAAAAAUAAAUAAAAAUAGCACUUGAAAGGGUUUUGAAGAUUCUUUGAGUUGCGUCUGUUUGCUGUGAUUGAGCAGCAGUUUUACUCGUGUGAUUUGCCUGUUCGUGGUCUUUCUCCACUGUGAUUGGCUGGCACUGAGAAGCUAAACUCUGCUGUGAUUGGUCGAGUCACACAGGAGCAACAUCCCCUUUAGAUCCACCAAAUGGUCCAUACAGAUGUUUCUGAUUUGAUUUUGUUUGCUGAAUCCCCGUGCGUAUGAAUCUAUGAACAUGAACUGUGCAUAUUGGUGUAUAGUAUCUGUCAGCGGUGUGCCUAAAUGUACUGUCAAUGAUAUUUUCUUUAACAAAGUAAGUCGAGUUGAAUGUCAGGGUCGUUUUAAUAGACUGAAAGGAGUAGAUUGUUUGCAUUAUGCUUCUAAAACAUUCAUUUUGAGCAGCUUUACUCAGUAUAACACUAAUAAAAUGAACUCCAACUCACUGCCCUA